UACUGUGGGUACCAUGUUUGGUACCUAUUCUAUCAGCUUUGUCUUUGAGACCCAUCUACCUCCACCUCUCCCAUUGCCACAGAAAGUCGCCGGGCUGGCAUGCCGCAUCACAGAUAAUUCCAAUGACUUUGGACCGGAAGCGCCGAUAGACCGUCUUGGUCAAUUGAGGCUUGAACUAACUAGUUCCUGGAAGUGAUUACCAAUAUCGAGAAGAAGAUAUAGGAUUGGUGGAUGCGGAUGUUUCUACAUGAACGAGGAGG